AUGACGCGAGGCAUUCACGCUCCGCCCCAGCAAGAUGCGGGGGGGAGGGGGCAUCUGCAAGUCCGAAGUCACGGCUUAGAAUUGCUGGGAAAAUAUUAUACUUUCUUUAGUAUCUGUCUGACGGCUAUCGACAGUGUAUGCGAUGAUCCAUUUCUCCUUCGCUCGUACCACUACGAACAUAGCCUAGAGAACCUCAGUGCCGACAAAGAAUAG